ACUGACUUCCGCCCGGCUCGUGCUCUCCUUCCCCCUGCCGCUGGUGAGCAGCAUCAGCCGGCGGAGCAGCAGAAAUGACGGGGGAACCCGGCAACAGCAGCAGCAGCAGCAGCGGCUGACUGAGAGCCCACGACAUUUUUCAACUCCCCACGUUCACGGAGCAACGUAGACGUCGUGCGAGGCGAAGGAAGAGCCACGGAAAGCGAGAAUAUGCGCGUUCUUCGAUGCGCCGGGAUUUGCUACUUUUGCGUGAAGAGGCGGACCCACAGGAGACGAGUUUCAGUAUGCUGAGGCUGUCCCCGCUGUUUGUGUACUGUGUGUGGAAGUACACACACUAUUUGCUUCCAACUCGCAGGCCCACGUAAAAAGGAAUUUAACACGAUACUCUUCCUCUGUCGGGGAUUUAUUUACCACGCUGCAACAUUUGAGCUCCCUCCUUUUUUUGGGUUCUGUUUUUGUUUUGGAAGCAGAAGGAAAUUCCUUCAGACGUGCUUUAGCCGCCACACAUAACACCCUAGCGGUGUCGUCUUCUUAUUAUUUUCUGCUACUAUUUUCUGUUGAAGUACUUUACCCCACGAUGAACUCUUAUUUAGUGGGGAUUUUCCACGCUCCGGUCAGGUUCUGUGUUGUCACACGCCUCUGCUCCAGCUGUUAGCCGCCGGUGCGUUUGCCAACAAGUCUACUGCGGGAAUUUUUUUUUUCUUUCCUUAAGUUGCUGCAAUUACCAGGUGUCUCUUCAGCUCGUGACACCAGCAUUUUACUCUAAAAGGACUCAUUUUCAAUUAAUUUAUUUAAUUUAUAAUUAUUAUCUUUGUUAAUUAGGUCUGCACCUGACGUAUUGUUGCCCCCCCCCCCCCGAGCCUGUCGGAUCCUCACUUCUCAGCAGAGACCACGGAUACGAAAGAAAAAGAGAACCCACUCCAGAUUUUCACCAUGAGUUGCGUCCACAAGGUGCUAAAUGUGUUGCUACGUGGACUCGUCAUCUAUGCGGUACUGGGCUUGGGGUGCACUUACUCGAGUGGGCAACCCACCAGCCCCACCACUGAUGCUGCAAAUGUAGCCACCACAGACCCCUGUCUUAUAGUGAUGCCGCCGUGCAUGAGCGAGGCCGACCGCUUCAGCCUGGAGGCGCUGCGGCACAUCCACAAACAGCUGGAUGACGAUAAUGACGGGGGAAUAGAAGUCAAUGAGAGUGUUGAGUUUAUAAUCGAAGACAUGAAGCAGCAGCAAACCAACAAACAUAGCAACCUGCACCAUGAAGACCAACACAUCACUGUGGAAGAGUUGUGGAAGGGCUGGAAGACCUCUGAAGUCCACAACUGGACCAUGGAGGACACUGUGCAGUGGCUGAGGGAGUCAGUGGAGCUGCCGCAGUAUGAGAAGAACUUCCGGGACUUCCGGGUCACGGGGAACACCUUACCUCGAAUAGCGGCAAAUGAGCCGUCAUUUAUGUCGAUUCAGCUGAAGAUAUUAGACCCGCGGCAUAAACAAAAACUGAACCUGAAGGCGCUUGAUGCGGUGCUGUUUGGUCCUCCUCUCCGUCCACAACAUAACUGGAUGAAAGACUUUGUCCUGAUGGUUUCCAUAGUGAUCGGUGUGGGGGGCUGCUGGUUUGCUUAUGUGCAAAACAAGUCCAGCAAGGUGCACAUCUCUCAGAUGAUGAAGGAUCUGGACAGCCUACAAAAUGCUGAGCAAAGCCUCCUAGACCUACAGAGUCGACUAGAAAAAGCUCAGGAAGAGAACCGGACAGUGGCAGUGGAGAAACAGAACCUCGAGCAGAAAAUGAGGGACGAGAUCCACGGGGCCAAAAAGGAGGCUCACCGGCUCCGAGAGCUGCGGGAGGGAGCCGAGUGUGAGCUGAGUCGCCUCAAAUAUGCAGAGGAAGAGCUCGUACAGGUGCGCAAGGCUCUGAAGCGAGCGGAGAAGGAGAUGCAGUCGGAGCGCUCGGUGCCCGAAGCUCUGCAGAAGUGGCUGCAGCUGACGCACGAGGUGGAGGUCCAGUACUACAACAUCAAGAAACAGAACGCAGAGUUUCAGCUCUGUGUCGCCAAAGAUGAGGCGGAGAAAAUUAAAAAGAAGAGAAGUUCUGUGUUUGGAACUCUUCACGUAGCCCACAGUUCAUCACUCGAUGAGGUGGAUCACAAGAUACUGGAGGCCAAGAAAGCCCUGUCAGAGGUAACGGCGUGCCUGAGGGAGCGUCUCCACCGCUGGCAGCAGAUUGAGAAGCUUUGUGGCUUCCCUGUUGUCAGUAACUCCGGGCUGCCGAGCCUCACAGCCAGUCUCUACUCAGACCACAGCUGGGUGGUCAUGCCGCGGGUUUCCGUGCCUCCGUACCCCAUCGCGGGCGGAGUGGAUGACCUGGACGAGGACACGCCUCCCAUCAUUCCACAGUUCACAUCAACUACUUUGAUCCGGCCGUCGCUUACGCGCAACAGCAGCAUGUGUCGUUCCCGCCGGAGCCUACUGAGCUCCCCGCCGUCCUCGCUGAUGUCUCCAGACCCGGACCUGCUGUCCAUGGCCAGCUCGUCCCUCUCCUAUCGCCCCGAGGCAGACGACGAACAUAUCAUGUUCAGCUCGGAUAGGAGGGGGUAUGUAGCGGUGGCCGGAACGCUGCGGAAUGGUUUUAAAGUUUGGACUCAAAGGGAACUGGCUCAGGAGGGCUGCUCUGACACAGACUCUCUAAACUCAUCCACGGGUCGAAAGCAGCUGCAGAACGCAGACACGCCAGGAUUGGAGACCCCCUACCGCAAGAUCUCCCGCGAGGAGCUGCUGCUGUUCAGCCAAAAUCCAGAGCUUCCUGCUUCCAUUCACACCACCACCACCAGCAGCAGCAGCAGCAGCGGCAGUCUCAGGGACUCCACGCCUCCUCCUCUCCCGCCCACUCCAGCCACCACACCCUCGGGCCCGCCCUCCACCUCGCCCUCCCCGGCCUUGGAGCACCACUCAUUUGCACACAGAGGCUCUCCUGACCUCACCAGCAUGAUCCCAGAGUCCAAAAGCGCAAUCUUCUCGCAGGGGAACGUCAUCACCUCUCAGAAGGGAAAGGGCACGUACAACGGCAUGUUGGAGAAGUCCUACAGCUACGGUCAGCUGCCUGCCAGCAUGCUGCCCAACGUGGGCCGCUUCCCAUCUCUGACCUCCCUGGACUCGGAGGGCAGGAGCGCGGGAAGAGAGUACAAGCUCCAAAGCACGUCCUCCCAGGACUCCAGCGACAAUGGAGAGAAAAAGCGCUCCUCUAAACUGAAAAGCUUGUUCAAAAAGAAAAAAUAAAAACUAGUGAGAGAGAGAGAGAGAGAGAGAGAGAGAGAGAGAGAGAGAGAGAAAUAAGGAGUUGUUUUAGCCAGAAUACUAAUAAAAUGGACAUCACUGUAAAGCUAAAACAUUUCAUUUUCUCUCUUUGUUUUCGUCAGAGAUGGAAUGUAGCUCAGGCUGGAUGCCUUUAAACACUCCAGACUGCUAGCCUUAUUUUUCAAUAAUACCUUUAUUUUUUUUUUGUUCACUCUUAGCCUCACAGGGAAACCUGCAAAGGUCAAUCAAACAGUCGUCAUCCAGACAGACAAAAAAAAACCCCUCUGUCUUAUUUUUAUGUUAUUUUGUGUUUGAACCAAAAAGCCACUAUGUGUAAAGGUCUAAAGGCAUAGUUCCUAAAUUUAUCCGGUGAGUCAUGUUUGCUGUCCUUUUUCAAAGUAUUUACUUAACAGUCCAACGACUACAGUUACUUCCCCUUCAGUAUAUUCAUCUUUGCACGUUGCAAAGUGUUUUCAGUCCUUAAAUCAUGUAUUUGAUUAAUAUCUUUUGGGAAAAAAAAAAAAAACCUUGCUUAAAGUUUGUUGCACUACUGCUUCCUGGUUUGGGACAUGAAAUAACGGUAUAAAAGAUGAGAGGAACUCAUGGGCAGCAGCAGUGAAAAUGCAGCACACGACGUCAAACGACGAGCCAAAAACAAUCUGAUGCAUUUCCAAUGUCACUGUCAAUGGUCAUCUCAAAAUAUAAUAUAUAUAAAUAUAUGUAUAUUUUUUUGGCAUUAUAAUUCUAGUUCUAGAUUUAGAUCGGUGGGAUCCCUACGAACUCGUCUUAACAGAAGAACGUUGAUUGAAUAUGCAGAUUUAACCCCCACCUGUCCUUUUCCCCUGUUACAGCCUGGGUUAUACUUCCUGCGUCCGCUUAUCUUCACAAGUCCUCUUGACGUAAAUGUUCAUAAUUUGCCGACGUCCUCUGCGAUCUGACGAACCCUACGUGGACAAAAGCGAGCACGCCUCCAGUUUGAGUCCGACUCUGUCCCAUCUAAUGAAAUAGAACUGUUUAUUAACAACAAAUAAUACAGUGGUCAACUUUGAGUAAACAAUUAUUGAACGGCAUUAAUGGUCUGCCUCCAAUCUAAAUUAUACACGGUAUAUUCAAUAAAAAUAAUAGUUUUUGUGACUUGCCAACAUUUAUCAAGUUUUUCUGAGAACAAAAAUGCAUAAUUUGUAAUUGGAUGAUUAAUAAUUAUGCAAACAUUGGUCCAACAAAACACUUUUUGGCCACACAAAAGGACAAAAAGACUACGAAGAAGAAGGUAACAGGUAAAAUUGCCAGAUGUUCUAUAUGUGACUCCUUAUGUGUUAAAUUGCUGCUUCUAAAAUGGAAUUAGAACUUGAAAUUCACACGCACAGAACCAUGUGGACACAGAAAGUAUGACCCGGCCCUAAUCUACUGUUGUUACUUGACAAACUGCGUUCUGUAGCCAUACAAUGUACCAUUUCCAUACAUGUUCGUCUUAAAGUCCCUCGUCCCCCUGCAACACUUGGUGUCGCUAACAGAUGUCGGUCAAAUCGUGUAGAAGUAACUGUGUUUGUAGGUGGAGUGCCACAUGACACGAUUGCCAGGGAGGUAAGACUGCUGCAGCCAUGUCACCUUUUUUUUUUUUUUUUUUUAAAUGACAAGAAAAUGUGUGUGCGUGUGUGUCUAGACUGUACUGUGAUGAUGUGGCCUCUGCCGUUGAUGUUCACAGACAUUACAAAAAAAGAAAAAAAAGAAAGAGGAACUUUUUGAUCCUGAUCUGAUCGAAACACCAAGAGUUCGCACCAUGCACUACGCUCGAAGCCGACCCACGCAAUACAGUCCCUCUCCUCACCUCUGGGCCUGCACCGAGUGCACUGAUGUCAAAAGCUUCUGCUUUCACACUGUGAUCUUUGCCUUCUUUUAUGUUCAUCCUAGACCUGACCAUCACCACUGAUGCUUUACGUGACGGGGAGGGCGGGGGGGGGGGGUUGUCAUGUGAUCAUGUGACCAGAGCAUCAGCAGUGGAAAACGUCGGGGGGGGCCAUGCAUGAGGUGUGAGAUGACGUAAAGAUCAAAUGGCCUCUGUUUUUAAGAAAGCAGAAAAAAAAAAAAUAUAUAUAUAUAUAUAUAUAUCUACAUUGGGACACAAUGAAGGAAAUUAAAGGCAGACCUGCAAAACGAUGGGAAAACGAAUGUUUACGAAACACUAGGGGCUUUUUUUUUUUUAGAACAUUUUGUGUGUGAAUAUUUAUAUACUGUAGAAUUAUUAAAAAAAAUAAAUGGAAUCAUUGGA